UGUUACAAAAGUUAAAUCUAUGUUAUACGUUUUAUUUUGAAAACUGGAAAUUGUCAGGUGACAGGAACCAGGAAGUGAGUCGGCUCAGAACUGCCUUUUGUAGUAGUUGUUUUUUCUCUAUUCAGUUGAGUCUGCCUGCAUUCUAUUCCUUUUGAUAGCAUCGUUGUUUUACUCUAUCUCUAUGUCAAUAAACCUGUGGACAACGAAGGACCGUCUUCAGAGUGGUGAUGUGGGGAAAGAGUUCAUCUAACUGCCUAGGUGUAUCGGAACACAUAUACCGAGGGCGGCAUAGUAAAACAACGCUUUCUAGCGGGAAGAUAACGCAGCCAACUGAGGGACGCUGCUAACAACGUCAUCACACGCAACCAGUGGAUGACCAUCACAGCGGUGUCUAAACAGAGGUACGUCAAUAGACAACGCCAUGUCCGAGAAAGCAGCUUCAUUAAAGACGCGGUCCCGCGCUACAUGUUCUGCUACAUACUCAAGUGUAACAUCAACGGGGUCUGCUGCUGCAAAAGCGAGAGCGAGAGCCGAGGCAGCAAAGGCACGCAUGUCCUACGCCAAAGAGGAAAUGAGCCUGAAGCUAGAAAAAGCUAAGCUAGAGGCCUCAAUAGAAAUGCUCAAUUACAAGAAAGAGACAGCUGCAGCCAUAGCUGAGGCCGAAGCCCUUGAAGCUGCGGUAGAGGCAAAUAGCGAAAGACAAACUUUGAUGUCAAAUUUGGACUUGAGUUCUUUGGAAGCUGCACAACGCACAGAACAAUACGUGAUUGACCAAGCUGAAUCAGCAAACACAGACGCUCAGCUGCUUGAUGAUGGUGUUAUAGCAAAAAGAGAGCAAAGCCCUAACUACCAAACUCCAACGUCAUCUAUCAAACCUGAAGCAGACUCAUUCCAUCCAGCUCAAGCCAAUCUAGCUUCCCAUCAUACACAUGGUCACAAUGCAGCUUCUCAACCAACUCGCCUCACCUCACAGCAGCCUUACAUCUACAAAGAUGAGAAGGUCGACACGACACACAAUGUUCGGUUCCAUCACAAUGCCACUCCUGAGCAAGGUCUUAGACGUCAAAACGACCAAGGUCAUCCUGCUCCUAAAUCCUACCCCACAUCUUCAAACACCAAUAAUGAAAACUCCAACAUUAGCGACUUUGUAAGAUAUUUUGCUCGUCGUGAGCUUGUGGCAACAGUUCAAUUCAACGACAGACCUCAGAACUACAGAGCCUGGAAACGUUCUUUUCAAAACGCAACCAGAGGUUUGGACCUGACACCAAGCGAGGAAAUGGAUCUCCUAUUCAAGUGGCUCGGCAAAGAGUCAUCAGAACACGUCGAGCACAUAAGAGCAAUACACAUCAACCAUCCAGCAGCAGGCUUGGCUAUGAUAUGGGACAGACACGAACAAUCAUAUGGUUCCGCGGAAGUAAUAGAAGAUGCUCUGUUCAAACGUAUUGACGCCUUUCCAAAAAUAACAAAUCGAGAUUAUUCAAAACUAACAAAGUUGAGUGAUCUUUUGAUGGAACUAGAGUCAGCCAAAGCAGAAGGAGACCUACCCGGCCUCUCUUUCCUCGAUACAGCAAGAGGCGUCAACCCAAUUGUACAGAAGCUCCCCUUUGGUCUGCAGGAAAAGUGGGCGUCAGUUGGGGCAUCCUACAAGCAGCAAUAUCACGUGUCAUAUCCCCCCUUUGCCUGCUUCGUAAACUUUGUUAGCCAUGAAGCCAGUGUCAAAAACGACCCAAGUUUCAACUUUGUCUCUUACUCAGACAUGUCCCCCAGGACAGAGAAAACUUGGAGGCCAAACAGACAACGUGAAGUCUCUGUUCACAAAACAGAGAUAUUUCCAAAAGACACCUCCGGUCCUAGGGAACUCUCAACGAAAUUCGCCGACUGUGAAAAACGGUGUCCAAUCCAUAAAAAACCUCACCCCAUACGCAAAUGCCGUGCAUUCAGAGAAAAGCCCAUUGACGACCGUAAGACAUUCUUAGAAGAGAAUAACAUCUGUUUCAAAUGCUGCGCUUCAUCAUCUCACAUUGCAAGGAACUGCACAUUUAAUGUUAGAUGCUAUGAAUGCAAAAGUGAAAAACACCACACAGCGCUUCACCCUGGACCUGCACCUUGGGUUGAAGGCACAGACUCUGCUCCAGAGCAUGGCGGGGAGGAGGAUAGCUCUCCACAACCCCAUGUUGCCACCAAAUGUACAGAUGUCUGUGGCGGAGACAUGACGGGCCGAUCCUGCUCUAAAGUAUCCCUCGUGAAAGUGUAUCCAACCGGCCACGCUGACAAAGCGGUGAAAAUGUAUGUGAUUCUGGACGAACAGAGCAACAGAUCACUAGUUCGUUCACAGUUCUUCGAAAUCUUCAAUGACCAAAGUCCAAGUGCUCCGUACUCAUUGAAAACAUGUGCUGGAGUAAAGAAAGCAACAGGAAGAAGGGCCAGUGGCUACAUUGUGGAAUCUUUGGAUAAGACUGUCAGCAUCCCACUACCCAGCCUCAUAGAAUGUGAUGACAUUCCAAACAACAGAGAGGAGAUUCCAACUCCUAACGCAGCUUUUCAUCACGCACACCUGAAGUCCGUUGCACACCUCAUCCCAGAGAUCGACCCACAGGCCCAAAUUAUGCUUCUCUUAGGUAGGGAUAUUCUCAGAGUCCAUAAGGUCCGCAAACAGGUCAAUGGCUCACACAACCUACCGUAUGCUCAGAAGUUGGAUCUGGGAUGGGUCAUCGUAGGCAAUGUGUGUUUAGGUCGCGUUCACAAGCCACCAACAGUCAGUGCCUUCUACACUAACACCACGGAACGGGGACGCCCUACUCUUUUUGACCCGUGUCCUAACGUGUUCCAUGUGAAGGAAAGUUAUGGUGACACCCAGGACACAAACCACCUCCAACCACAUCCUGAGGAGAUAUCAAACUCUGACGUUGACAGCCUAGGACAUAACAUAUUCAAGCAGACCAAAGACGACAACAACAUGGCUCCAUCUAUCCAAGACCUCUCCUUCAUGAAAAUAAUGAAAGGAGGACUAACAAAAGAUGCAAACAACAGUUGGGUAGCUCCAUUACCCUUUAAAUGCCCACGUCAACGGCUCCCCAAUAACAGGCCACAGGCAUUGAACCGUCUCAAGUCGCUCAAGCGCAACUUUGAAAAGAAACCUGAAAUGAGAGACCACUUUCUCAAUUUCAUGGACAAGAUGUUCAAGAACGGUCACGCAGAGUUGGCCCCUUCUCCCAGUGAGGGUGGAGAACAGUGGUACCUGCCAAUUUUUGGUGUGUACCAUCCAAGAAAACCAAAUCAAAUCCGAGUGGUCUUCGAUUCCAGCGCCCAGUACAAUGGUGUGUCGCUCAACGACGUGCUGUUGACUGGCCCUGACCUGAACAACACGCUGCUCGGUGUGCUGAUGCGCUUUAGAAAGGAAGCAAUCGCCUUUACAACGGACAUAGAACAGAUGUUCUAUUGUUUUUCAGUAAGAGAAGACGAUAGGAACUUCUUACGUUUUCUAUGGUUCCAAGAUAACGACCCCUCCAAAGACAUUGUGGAGUACCGAAUGACAGUCCACGUCUUUGGAAAUAGCCCUUCACCCGCAGUAGCGAUUCAUGGACUGCACCAGUCUGUUCAGGUCAGUGAGCACCACAUUGACCCUGACGUGCAACGCUUCGUAAUGGGUGACUUCUAUGUAGACGAUGGAUUGAAGUCCCUACCCACUGUCGAAGCUGCAGUCAACUUGCUGAAAAAAACACAGGAUAUUCUCUCCAAAUGAAACCUACGGCUUCACAAGAUCGCAGCGAACAACAAAAAGGUCAUGGAGGCCUUUCCGGCUGAAGAUCGUGCAAAAGACCUUAAAGACCUGGACCUCAGCGCAGAUGCGCUGCCGAUGCAGCGUAGUCUUGGGAUCAAUUGGGACCUCCAGACCGACUGCUUCCAAUUCAGCGUCUCUGAUUAGAUGAAACCCUACACUCGUCGGGGUGUCUUGUCCACAAUCAACAGCCUCUACGAUCCUUUAGGGUUUGUAGCGCCAGUCACUAUACAAGGCAAGGCUAUUCUGAGAGAGCUCACAACUGAGAAAAGUGACUGGAACUCUCCUUUGCCUCAAGAAAUGGAGGAAUUAUGGACAUCUUGGAGAACAUCUUUGAAAGAACUGUCCCAGCUUUCUAUUCCCAGAGCCUACACUACAACUUCACCUGCAACAGCCGUCAAAAGGGAAUUGUGCGUAUUUUCUGACGCAUCCACGAAAGCUAUCGCCGCUGUGGCAUAUCUAAAAGUCACUGACUCUGCUGGAAAUAACCAUGUUGGAUUUGUAAUGGGCAAAGCCAAGCUGGCCCCCCGUCCUGAGCAAACAAUUCCAAGACUGGAACUUUGCGCAGCAGUGCUUGGAGUGGAGUUAGCAGACCUAAUCUUGGCAGAGUUAGACCUUCAGCUCGAUGCUACAACCUUCCACUCAGACAGCAAGGUAGUCCUUGGCUACAUUUCUAAUGAAACCAGGCGCUUUUAUGUGUAUGUAAGUAACCGGGUAUUACGUAUCCGAAGAUCUUCUCAUCCAGAUCAAUGGCGCUAUGUGUCAACAGAACAGAACCCCGCAGAUCACGCUACACGUUCUGUCGUUGCAGAACGUUUGAACGACACAAACUGGCUCAGCGGACCCAAAUCUCUGUACACACCGGAGACAAGUACCUCAGAGAGCACCCAUGAGCUUGUAGACCCGGAUUCAGACGCAGAAAUUCGCCCUCUGGUAUCCACUUUGAGCACUACAACAACAUCCAAGCAGCUCGGUUCUCAACGAUUCUCAAAGUUCUCAUCCUGGAAGUCGCUAACUCGGGCCAUUAUUCGCCUCAUACACAUAGCCCGUCUUUUCAACCGGACUUUGAAGAACAGCCCUUGUAAGGGCUGGCAUCACUGCAAAACAGGAUACACCGUUGAGGAGUCUGAUCAAGCGUCGCACAUCAUCAUUCAAGCAGUACAGGAGGAAGUCUACAGUCAAGAGAUCAAAUGUAUCCAAAAACAUGAGCAGAUCCCUAAAGGUAGUCCUCUCAAAAAUCUGGAUCCUUUCAUUGAUGCACUCGGCCUUCUGAGAGUCGGAGGUCGCCUCCACAAGGCAAACCUUGAUCAGAGCCAAAAGACUCCAGUGAUCAUUCCUGGCAAACAUCAGGUUGCAACCUUGCUCAUCAAGCAUCACCACGAACAAAUUUAUCACCAAGGCCGUCUGUUUACAGAGGGAGCCGUCCGUACAGCUGGCUUUUGGAUAGUUGGUGGUAAAAGAAAAGUGAGUAACAUCAUUCACCAGUGUAUAACCUGCAGAAGGCUUAGAGCCCCACUUACUAUUCAAAAGAUGCCCAGUCUUCCAGCGGACCGUCUCUCAACAGAACCUCCCUUCACAAAUGUUGGGCUUGAUGUGUUCGGCCCUUGGAGUGUCUCUUCACGUAGAACAAGAGGAGGCCACUCACACAGUAAACGAUGGGCCGUAAUCUUCACGUGCAUGAGUGUACGAGCGGUUCAUAUUGAAGUCAUAGAAUCCCUUGACACUUCCAGUUUCAUCAACGCGCUAAGGCGCUUUCUUGCUGUGCGCGCCCUGUCAAACACAUCCGCUCAGACCGUGGCACCAACUUCGUAGGUGCUUGCCGGGAGUUGAAAAUACCCUCAAACAUUGACAACACAACUGUGAAGACUUACUUGUCAGGUCAAGGUUGCUCUUGGACCUUUAACCCUCCGCACGCCUCCCAUUUUGGGGGUUCGUGGGAAAGAAUGAUUGGUCUUGCAAGAAGAAUCCUGGACUCCAUGUUCCUUCAGCUGAAGAACAAACUUACCCAUGAGGUGCUGGUGACUUUCAUGGCAGAAGUUACAGCCAUUAUAAAUGGCAGACCUCUUGUUCCUGUGACAACCGACUCUAAGGAUUCGUUUAUGCUCACUCCAGCUGCCCUUCUCACUCAAAAAAGUGAAUGUCUUGACUGCUCCUACCGGAGAGUUUGGAGUUUCAGACCUCUACAAGCGCCAGUGGCGGCAGGUACAGCACCUGUCUAACACCUUCUGGGACAGAUGGCGAAAGCAAUUCCUCCCAACCCUACAGGCACGCAAGAAGUGGCAUUCCACUCAUCCAAACAUCAACCCAGGAAGUGUUGUUAUCCUCAAGGAUAGUCAAGUACCAAGAAAUGAAUGGCCUCUUGGACUGGUAACACAGACUUUCCCUAGCGAAGACGGGAAGGUGCGAAAGGUCGAGAUCAAGGUCACACGAACAGGAGUGACCAAACUCUUUCUUAAGCCUGUUUCAGAGAUAGUGCUUCUUCUCCCCCCAGAGGCCCAGUGAAGCAAACUGUCUAGGAUUUAUUGGGUGGCGUGUAUUCACGCCAGGCGGGGAGUGUUUUGUUACAAAAGUUAAAUCUAUGUUAUACGUUUUAUUUUGAAAACUGGAAAUUGUCAGGUGACAGGAACCAGGAAGUGAGUCGGCUCAGAACUGCCUUUUGUAGUAGUUGUUUUUUCUCUAUUCAGUUGAGUCUGCCUGCAUUCUAUUCCUUUUGAUAGCAUCGUUGUUUUACUCUAUCUCUAUGUCAAUAAACCUGUGGACAACGAAGGACCGUCUUCAGAGUGGUGAUGUGGGGAAAGAGUUCAUCUAACUGCCUAGGUGUAUCGGAACACAUAUACCGAGGGCGGCAUACAUUCUUUAUUUUGACUGUGGGACUUCGGCUGACAUGGGACCUAACAUGGUUUAGUUUGC